AAAUGGAUGCUACUGCUGAGAUGCCUGAUGCCAUGGGUAUAAUAUAUAAAAAAGCACUCACUAUUGGGACAAGUGGUGCUGUAGAUGAGUAUAUGGAGAACAAAGGUAGUGCAGCAGCAUCUUACUCUAAAGCGAUGCUUUUACUUUCAUUUAUUAUUGGAGAGGCGAUGAAUCUGCCAUUGAAACCACCGUUUUCAUUGGCUCCUGCAGUUAAGAAGCAAAUUCAGAGCUACAUUAACCACUUGCAGUCUCAUCAAUGUCAGUUUCUAACAUCAGCACCAUUUCCUAAGCUGUCUGCAGACUCCCCAAACAAGUGAUUACUGCUGCUUGUGUACUGAUAUUUUUAAGACUGCGGCAAUUUUUGAAUUGUGUUUUAUUGACAAGAUAUAAGGGAAUACAUGUCUAGGCUGACAUUAUAUGGACAUACUUGGACAUAAAUCUAAUGUACAUAAACAAUAUAUAACAAACGACUGGCAGUCUGGAGCAAAAUGAUCUAUUUUGCAUAGGGGUUGAUGUAAAUAGUACUCUUCUUUCUCUUGAUAGACUGUAAAUUUGAAUAGAAAUUGUAACCUGUACAGUCUUUUUUACUAUACAUGGAUAGAAUUCUUUCAAUUGAAUGUUGGAGCUUUUGAAGCA